AUGUCCUCAGAUUCCUCCACCACAGACUCGUACAUUCUCCCCACCCCGACCUCCUCAACAACAAACACACCCCCGCGCGCCCGAAGCACAAGCUACACAGACUCCGUCUCGUCCAUCGCCUCUCUCCCCUCCGAAUCAACCUCCGCCUCUGAUCUGGAGACGCUCUCCGACGACUCGGACUACUCCGAUGCCGAGGCCGAGUGGCAAGAAAGCAUUGAGCAGCUGGAGCUACUACUGACGAUGGUGAUUGUGCCUGUCAUCGGGAAGUAUCUGGGGAGGAGAUGUGCUUAUUGGGGCUGGACGCGGUUCAUGGAGUGGAAGUACCCCAUUGAGUUCUACGGAGUGGGAGAGAAAGGGUCUAGUGUGAAGGCGUAUGCGGCGCUGUGA